UCCGUAGAGAGGAGCAAGCGUCUCCUUAGCAACGGAACGACCAGCAGCAGGAUUGGAUUUUUCUUGAAAGAGAAACGUAUUCGGCUUUUAGUAUACCAAGUAAAUCCGUAAUGGCAGCAGGGCCAGCAACCAGCCCUUCCGUGUUUCUUCUCACGGUGAACGGGCAGAUUGAGGGAGCGAACUUUCCAGAAUAUGACAACUUAUACUGCAAAUAUUGUUUUGUCUACGGCCACGACUGGGCUCCCACCACGGGGUUGGAGGAAGGCAUCACGCAAAUUGCCAGUAAAAGCAGUCAGGCGUCGCACAGGUUAAUAUGGAACUUCCCACUGGAAGCAACAUUUAAGAGCACAAAUCCAUCUGGAUGGCCUCAGCUUGUGGUGAGUGUGUACGGUCCAGAUGUUUUUGGCAACGAUGUGGUCAGGGGCUACGGAUCAACGCACAUCCCCUUCGCACCGGGAAAACAUACAAAAACCAUCCCCAUGUUUGUUCCUGAGCCCACAUGGAGACUUCAGAAGUUCACAGGGUGGUUGAUGGGACGGCGACCCGAGUACACAGAUCCUAAAGUUGUGGCCCAGGGUGAAGGCAGAGAAGUGACUAGGGUUCGUUCGCAAGGCUUCGUCUCAGUCUCUUUUCACAUCAUGACUAAAGACAUGAAGAAAAUGGGUUACGACACAGGACCAUCGGGCCCGCCAAACUCACAGUCUGCCACAUCUGGCUGGUCAGCAGAGGAACAACCGUACAACAUAUAAUCACAUGAGCCUGCAGGAAAUUUGGGACAAAGAACAUCUCCUUAUUACUACUACAUGCUGAGCCCCUGGUGUCCUGGAAGGUGAUGUUUUCUGCGCAGCAGCUUCCUCCCAAUGACAAUGAGUGUGUUGCAAAUGCAACAGUCACAACAAUGUGUGCGUCUGGAAAUAUUGUCUAGAGAUGAAAUUAUUUGAAUGCAGUGGUUUCAGAUAUACAUUUUGUAUCAU